AACUGUCUAUACAGUCAUACUGACAAAAAACUGACAUUUUUCAUUUCUCUUCUCCUCUGCACAACAGGAGAAGAGUGUGACUCUUUUUUCUAACAAAAAGCGAAUCUCAACUUUUCUACUGCUCAGCCACUCUCUGUAAAGUCAUAUUAUCCGUUUAAGGCACAAUAUCCACUAUCAAAAGAGGCUGAGAAGGGGAGAGAGGCAACAUGCAAAACAUUACCUGAGAGAGUAAUUGUGAUGAACCCCAGCACCAUUCUCUCAAGUAUGACAUACAAAUGCAUAAAUUACAAUUAGAGCGGAUAUAUUGAUAGUUUUGAUUUGUGUUUAUUUUCAAAGGACAAGGUAUACCCGGACAUAUUCCCCACAAAGAUACAGAGUCAGCAUCCAUUUCAAACAAAGCUCUGGUAUCUUGCCUCUCUAAAUGAAUUAUGUUGUCACGAAGCACUAUGAUCUACUAUAUGUCAAUAUUGUUUUACUAGCAAGUCCGUCGAGUGAGGUGGGCCACAUAGACACUGUGCCAAUAUUAUCAUUCCUGGCCAGUGUGUGACUAAGUCUCCAAACAAAAGUUGCUACUCUCUCAGGAGAGAGUUUUUAUCGUUUAGAUGUACUCACUCCUAUCUGUCGGGCCCUAAUUGCAUCUCGCAUCUGAGAGAGAGAGAGAGCGAGAAAGAGAGACAGAGAGGGACUGGGAAAACAGUCCUCAAGCACAGAGAAACAGUGAAUGUCCCACUUCACUGAACUGAAGCGAACAACUAAAGACAUGCAUCGUGAACAACUAGAAGACUCUGCCUUUAAUCUUGACAAUGGGGACAAAGGUUCACCGCUGGGACAUCACCUUUUGACAAGGCAAUAUGAAAUAGGGCACAUGAAAAACGUUGUGGUGGUUUCAUUUGGAUUUUUGCUUUUAUUCACUGCUACUGGAAGCCUGCUCAAUCUACAGAGCAGUCUGAAUGCUGAUGAGGGCAUGGGUCUGGUGUCCAGCAGUGUGACCUUUUCCUCCAUCGUCCUGUCUUCUAUGUUCAUCACCCCAACAGCCAUCAGGUACCUGGGAUGCAAAUGGACCAUCUUUGCUGGGAUGGCUUGCAAUGUCGUGUACAGCUUAGGAAAUCUUUAUCCAAGCUGGGCAACCCUGAUGCCCAGCUCAGUGAUUGUGGGGCUGGGGGAGUCUCCGCUUUGGGCGGCCACUAGCACUUACUUAACAAUCAGCGGAGGACUGCAUGCAGUUGAAGAAAACAAGAAGAGUCAAGAUGUGAUCAACCAGUACUUUGGGAUUUUGUAUCUCCUCUACCAGUCCUCAGCAGUGUGGGGUAACCUCCUGUCCUCUCUGGUUUUAGGACAGGAUUCCACAACAGUGAACAGCACAGGUGAUGAUGUACUGUUCUGUGGAAUGGACAGCUGUGGAGUCCCCGAUGUUUCUCUUGGAAACUCCACCACCAGGCCAAAUGACAGACUGCUGUACACACUCUUGGGCUGUUAUGUAGGCGUGGGUGUUUUGGCGAUGUUGCUGGUUGCUGUAUUCCUGGAUAAUAUUUGCAAAAAAGAGAAACCAGAGGCAAUGAGCCAGCAGACAGAGACAUUUUGCAGCACACUCUUAGCCACAUUCAGACGACUAAGAGACAAGCGGCAAGUUCUCCUCAUACCAGUAACAUCAUACAUUGGACUGGAACUCGGCUUCCUGAAUGCAGAUUAUACCAAGGAUUAUGUAACAUGUGCCAUAGGAAUCCACUUUGUUGGAUAUGUCAUGAUCUGCUUUGGUGUCACCGGGUCCUUGUUUUCCUAUGUGUUUGGGAGGCUGUCGCAGUACAGUGGAAGAGUGACACUUUUUAUCUUGGCUACAGUCACACAGCUCUCCUGUAUCCUGGUUCUUCUGCUCUGGAAGCCUAAUCCAGACCAGCUGCCUGUCUUCUUUGCUAUCAGCGGCCUGUGGGGAAUGGCAGAUGCUGUGUGGCAAACACAAACCAAUGCCCUUUAUGGAGUUCUCUUCCAUAGCCAGAAGGAGGCAGCAUUUGCCAAUUAUCGUCUUUGGGAGUCUGUGGGAUAUGUGAUUGCAUUCGCCUGCAGUUCUUUUCUUUGCGUGGAUGUUAAGCUGUUCAUGCUUUUGGUUGUUCUUCUGCUGUCUGUAACCCUGUGCUGUAUUGUUGAGUAUGAGGAGUACAAAAACCCAACACCAGGAAUUGAGGAUACCAACUCUGUGGUGCCAGAAGACACUGUGCUAUAAAUUCUUGAUACACCAUGUCUUUUUCUCCAUGCCAACACACCUAGAUAGGUUAUAUUUGUGGAAUUAUUAUACCAGCACAAAUCACCUAAUUGUGUUGUGUUGAGAUGACAUUUAAAACUGUAAUGGAUUGUACAAUAUAGAUCUGUUUAUAGAUGUAUUAGGCUACAUUGAACUUGGCUCCACCCAAGAAAGUGCCUCAUUUUAGUCAACUUUACCACUUUGGCAGUGGUGUUACUUGAUUAUUGGGGGGUUGUAUUGGCGGGUUUUGCACGCUUGGCAGCAACGGU